CGAACAAGAGCGGAAGUGAAGCAUGAGGGGAAAAAAUAGAUGUUUUGUGUAUGAAGUUAGUGAGCUAACGUUAACUUAUAUUGUCAUUGGAGUAAUACGUUAACGCGAAGGUGAUUUGCUGAAGAAAGCAUUUUCAUUCUGUUUGAUAUCGUCCGAAAUUAUAUAGUUCUCCUGGACUAACGUUAAAUCGCCACUUUCUCUGAGAAGAGGAACAAAGUGUCAGGAUGGAUCCAGCUCUACUGAGGGAGAGGGAGUUGUUCAAGAAAAGAGCUCUGUCCACUCCAGCUGUAGAGAAGAGACACGCUGCCUCAGACUCUGGAUCACACAAGAAGAAGAAGCCCCGAGUUGACAAGGAGAGCUCGUCAGGGUCCAAACACAGUGCUGAGUCUAGUAAUGGAACCUUUAACAUCAAGACAAGCUCUGGUUACAAGUUUGGCUGCCUAGCCAAGAUAGUCAAUUAUAUGAAGACAAGGCAUCAGAAUGGCGAUACACACUUCCUGACCCUAGAUGAGAUUCUGGAUGAGACCAAACUUCUAGACAUCAGCAUGAAACAGAAACAGUGGCUCAUGACUGAGGCGUUGGUCAACAAUCCGAAAAUUGACGUCCGGGACGGGACGUAUGGCUUCAAGCCCAAGUACAACCUGAAGGACAAGAAAGCCUUACUGAGGCUGCUGGACAAACACGACCAGCUGGGCCUGGGAGGUGUGCUGCUGGACGAUGUAGAGGAGGGGCUGCCCAACUCAGCCAAGGCCAUCAAGGCUUUGGGGGAUCAGAUCAUCUUUGUGACACGACCAGAUAAGAAGAAGAUCCUAUUCUACAAUGACAAGCACUGCCAGUUUGUGGUAGAUGAAGAAUUCCAGAAACUGUGGAGGAGCGUCCCAGUUGAUUCCAUGGAUGAAGAGAAGAUUGAAGAGUACCUGAAGAAGCAAGGCAUCUCCUCCAUGCAAGAAACCGGACCAAAGAAAGUGUUACCAGUUCAGAAGCGGAAGAAGCAAUGUGGGCAGAGGAAGAGACACUUCAAGACCCACAACAACCAUUUGGCAGGCGUCCUUGAGGACUAUUCAGAUGGUGUUCCUGCUAAGAAGUGAAAUCCAUUCACUGACUGCGUUUCCUCAGGAGAGAUUUUGUCUGUAAUGAGAAAUGGCUGCAGACCCUGGCCGCAGAAAGACUAUUUCAUGGUUGUCUCUUGUGUCAAAACAAACUAGAUUAUUUUCCUUUCUUUGCACUCCUCUCAGUGACCUUGUAUUACAUGGAGUGAAUAGCAAAUGUGUUGUGGAAUCAUUUUUAGUUUGUUUAUUAAAGAGUAUGGAGACCAGUAAGGACGCUGAAUGCCCUUAACAAAACGACCAUCCUGAGAGGGGGUGCUGUAGCCUUAGUGUUAAAAUGUAAAUGAGGUUGAAGUGUGUACAUACUUAUUUCUUCAUUUUAUUUAGUAUAUUGCAAAGAGGUGGGUGUCCUUUUUUAAUAGCAAUUGCAGAAGACAGGCUUACGUUACGCAGUGUAUCACAUUGAGGUACCUCAUCCAGCAUGAAAUAUCUUGGACAUGACUUCUUGUGGAAUUUAAAAAUAUUUAAAUUCUUUCACUUUGCAGCACCAUGGCUUACUGGUUUAAAAUACAAAAACCUUUUGAACUUAUUUUAAUAAAUUACAGUUACAAGA